ACGUGGUGUUCGUUAGUGGUUAUUUUUUCGGUGACAAGUUUCGUGUCUGCCCUGAAAAAUGGAUUGGCGCUAACACCUCCUAUGGGUUGGCUCGCAUGGGAAAGGUUCCGGUGCAAUAUUGAUUGCAAAAAUGAUCCUGAGAACUGUAUUAGCGAUCAGCUUUUCCGAAAAAUGGCAGAUAUUAUGGCAGAGGAAGGUUACGCAGAUGUAGGAUAUGAAUAUGUAAAUAUCGAUGAUUGUUGGUUAGAAAAGAAUAGAGGUCCCAAUGGUGAACUAGUUGCAGAUAAGGAACGAUUUCCCGAUAUGAAGAGCCUCGGAGAUUACAUACAUUCCAAGGAUCUCAAGUUUGGAAUAUAUGAAGAUUAUGGUACCAAAACUUGUGGUGGAUACCCAGGAAUAAUCGGUCAUUUAGAGGCUGAUGCUCAACUUUUCGCAUCCUGGGGUGUGGAUUAUGUUAAGUUAGACGGGUGUAAUGCUGAAUAUAAGGAUAUGGACACAGGCUACCCUGAAUUCGGUUUGUAUCUAAACAAAACUGGCAGACCUAUGAUUUAUUCCUGCAGUUGGCCUGACUAUCAACUCUACGCCAAUAUGACGCCUAACUGGAAGUCUAUAAUUAAUACCUGCAAUUUGUGGAGAAACUUUGACGAUAUUCAAGACUCCUGGGACAGUGUUAAAUCCAUUAUAGAUUGGUAUGGUGAUAAACAAGAUAAAAUUGUGCCACUUGCUGGUCCCGGGCAUUGGAACGAUCCUGAUAUGUUGAUUAUUGGUAAUUUUGGAUUGAGUUACGAUCAAAGUAAAGUGCAAAUGGCUCUUUGGGCUAUUCUUGCUGCACCUCUUUUAAUGUCGAAUGAUCUCCGCAACAUCAGACCAGAGUACAAAGCAAUUUUACAGAAUAAGAAAAUUAUUGCCGUGGAUCAGGAUCCUCUUGGAAUUCAGGGAAGGAGAAUCAGACCAGACAACAGCGUUGAAAUUUGGGCAAGACCUAUAACACCAGCUACUAAAAAGCAUUACUCCUAUGCGAUAGCAUUUUUAAAUUCUGGAACAGACGGAACUCCGAUUAAUGUUUCUAUCACCCUGGAAGAAAUCGGAUUACAAUAUUCUGCUGGUUACCAUUGUGAGGAUUUGUACGAUAAUGUCGACUACGGUAUCUUGACGCCAAUGAUGAAGAUUAAAGUUAGGGUGAACCCUACAGGUGUUGUGAUGCUACGAUGUGAUUUGCAAAAAGAGAAGAAGGCAAACAAAUCUGAUAAAGUCCAGCUGUGA